AUGCAGGAUGAAGAUGGAUACAUCACUUUAAACAUCAAGCCCCGAAAACCAACUCUCAGCUCAGCUGACUCUGCUUCUUCUUGGUGGCGUCUGAUGGCUUUAAUUCUGCUGAUCUCAUCCAUGGGGCUGGUUGUUGGGCUCGUAGCUCUGGGCAUCAUGUCAGUUACACAGCAAAAGUAUCUACUGGCAGAGAAGGAAAGUCUCUCAGCCACUCUGCAACAAUUGGCCAAGAAAGUCUGCCAAGACUUGAUUAAACAAUCAGAGCUCAAGACAAAGAACACAUUCGAGCACAAGUGCAGCCCCUGUGCCACAAACUGGAGAUAUCAUGGAGACAGUUGCUAUGGGUUCUUCAGACAUAAUCUAACAUGGGAAGAGAGCAAGCAGUUUUGUGCUAAGCAGAAUGCAACACUUGUGAAGGCUGCCAGCCAGAGGACUGUGGAAUACAUCACAAACAGGAUCACUUCGGUCCGUUGGCUUGGAUUAUCACGCCAGAACUCUAGUAAGGACUGGAUGUGGGAAGAUAACUCAGUUCUUCCCAAGCAUACGAUUGAUCUUUCUGGGAAUACAAGAGAAAACAUGAAUUGUGCUUAUCUCUAUAAUGGGAAAAUCCAUCCUGCUUCCUGUAUGGACAGACAUUAUUUAAUGUGUGAGCGGAUGGCUGGCAUGACAAGAGUGGACCAACUGCUUUAA